UUAAUAUUAGGAGAUAACAUUGAAUAAUUUAUUUUGCUUUUUUUGGUGUAUUUUUAAACCAAGAUUGCAGUUUUACUCUACGCACGUGUAAGAAAUUCCAGGCAGAUCCCAUUCCACAGACAGGGACUCAUUCUUGUUUUGUGUCCGGGAAAAAUGAAUAUUUCAAAUGGCAUAUUCGCAGGUAGUCAAUGAGCAGCGUUUCUGAUUGUUUGUUUUUCACAUUUUGAAAACGCCUCCUACACGCCUUGACUUACAAAUCCUUUCAGCAAUGCUGCCUCCUUUGACUUCGUCUUCAGAACAUUUCUGCGCAACAGAAACUGUCAUCUCCGUUUUACGGAUGGGGACGCCAAGCUUAUGUGACUCACCCACAUCACGCAGAUAGACUGUGAUCAGCAAACAUCUCCGAGUGUCCGUCUCCUACAUUCCAGACGUGAGCUAAACGCUGGGAACACAGAGACACAGCCCAGGGUUUGUCCUUGCGCAGUUCCCAGUCAGAUGGGGAAAUCGGGCGGGCUGUUGAGAAUGUCAGCUCAGUAUGCCGAGCUACUUGACGGUAUUUUUAGAUAAGACUGUAAUUCGGCACAGGCUCACGGAGCACCCAGACGCACUUCAUGCUGUGAGAAACACUGGAGGGACAAAGCAGAAGACGAGACCCCUCUGUUGGGCGCCGCAGUCGGGCUGGUCAGGGGCACAGAGCAGCAUUAAACCUCAUCCCGCAAACUCAGGUGUGCGAGAAUACACCUGUGUGUUCACGACUCAGUUCUGUUUUCGCUCAUGUCACGCAAGAACAGAGGAGGUGUGACUUCAGUGGAGGGUGGCGUGAGGUUCUUGCACGCAGGCAGGUGUUGGGGUGGAGAACGUUCCUGAUGCUGGACCCACACAGGUAAUAGCCAAGGCGUCUUCCCUUCCUGCCCACGUGGCCCCUUCCACGCUACCUCCGUGUCACAUGUGGGGAGUUGGAAACUUUCUUCUCUUUCUGGGCCACAGGUGGGAGGAGAGGUGGGCUCCAAGGCCCCCUGAAUACUGAUGGAAAAUGGUUCACAGCUGCCUCCUUUAUGCUUGGCUCAGGGACCAGGGACAUGCCACCCAGAAAGCUACCUGUCCGUUGGCCUGAACUAUGACAUCGCCUGGCUGUUGUUCUCUCACGGGCCACUGCUAUUUCUACCUUAUUGAUAGCAAACCCCAGAAAACAGCUCCCAGGUGGGGCCGCAGGGCACAAGGAAGGUCAGUAAUGGCCCCAGUCGACAGAAGAGAGAGGACGUGCAUCCCGGUGCAGUGUUUAACACGCAGAGUCUCAGUUUUGCAAGAUGAAGAGUCCUGGAGGUGGACGGUGGUGAUGGCUGUACAACAGUGUGACCGUCCCUAAUGCCACUGACUGUGCACCUGGAAACGGUUCAGAUGGUGAAGUUUGAGUCCUGUGUGUUUCACCACAGUUGAAGAAAAGACAAGUUCCCGUUAUUUCAUUCUCAAUCGCAUUCUCCUCUCAGCCGUCCAGAGGAAAUCGUUUUCAUGAAUUUGGUGAUCAGGUCACGGGGCUGGAGCCUGCACAGUGGGAUUGUGCGUUUACGGAAGAGGCCCCAGAGGCCCCAGAGAGCUCCCUCACCCUCCCCACCGCGUGAAGACGCCGCCUGUGCACCAGGAAAGCAAACCCCACCAGACACCCACCUGCCGGCACCUUUGCCUUGGACUCCCAGCCUCCAGGACUGUGAGAGAGAACUGAGCUCAUCUCACCCAGUGGCCAGGAGAUGCCAGUGUAAUCAGCAUCCCCUCAGAGGCAAAGCCACAGAGAAAGAUCGCUCAGCGGAAACGCCUUCAGUUGAUCAGCAAACUCGCUCUCCGACACUCGUCACCAAGAGCUGCGGUUUGCAGAGACCGUGUCCUGAGCCCGUGGGCAUCACAUGGAGGUUCUGAAAAUGAAAAAUGGGGACACAGAUAUAGAUGCAUUUUGAGAAAUUAUAAGUCUACAUUGAGGGAGGCACGUAUUGCAGUGCUCCUAGGACAUCUGCUGAACAGAACCACGUUGCAUGAGACCAUCAGGCCCAAGUUUCUGAGACGCACUUUCAGCCCCAAACUCAAGCAGCAGUGACGCGGCAUCCGGAAAACCACGCCGUCCUGAGCCAAGGUCCGCGAAAGCGACAGUUCAGCUCUGCUGUCUUCAGCCAGGUGCGCCCACCUGGAUCCCUCAUGCCUGGGGCACUCCUGGGCUGCAGAACUCUCUGUUUUAAACCCUGGGCAGUCCCAAGCCGGCUGUCCUUGGACUUCCAGUGCCACUUGGGACAAGUUGUUCACCCUCAUGUCCAAGGACGUCCCUGCCGAGAGCCCGUCUGCCGGCCCAGCCAGCACCGGGGAAGCCUGAGUCUCAGCGCUGCAGAGGGGAGCAACUGCAGGGUGGCAGGAGCAUCUGAAAGGGGGGGCUGCUGCUGUCACAGGUGGGGACAGAGAGCCCGACGCCUGGCGUCCCCUUGCUCCCAGCCAGGCCCUGGGUGCAGCUCAAGGCAGGUUUCUGGAACGUCCGCCCCAGGGGGAUGGUCGGCUCUGGACUGGCUGGUUCCGAGCUGGGGAGCUUUCCUAGGAGCCGCGUCACUCCGGGCUCCAAGAACACGGACGACUGCUCCGGGGAUGAUGAGCCAGCAGCAGAGGCCGGGAAAGCUCAGGCUCUGGCUGCAUGGCUUGGUGGGACAGAGGAACAGGGUGGGACAGGAGCAGCCUCUUGGAAAACGUCCCUCACAGCAGGUGUCUGCCUGGCUGCAGCCCCAGGGGGACGCGGAGCCCCAGGCCUCGCGGGGAGGAGUCAGCUGCAGCCGCCACGGCUUCGCUUCCUGCAGCCUUGCUGGUGCUGCAGCCAUGAUGGCUCCCUGGAUUCCGGCAUAUGGUUGGUUAUUACCCGUAAUGUCCCUGCUGUUACCGGGACCUCCGCUGACUGCCUUCAAGUCCCUGAUUGACGACCUCGGCCUGGCUCUGUCACAGGUGAGGACGGCAAACGCCGGGCAGCCUAUGCCAUUGUCUCUGCCUCUCAGGCAACUUCUCUGGGCCCACGCAGACAGAUACCUGCCUCAGCCUCCAGAGACCGACUCGAUAUCUCUCACACGGAUAUCCUCUACCCUUGAGACCAGCGUUGCAAAUUAA